AUGACUGGAGCAAUGCGCAGGCAUCCUCCUGAGGCUCCGUGCCCAUUAGCACAGGAAAAUCCAUUCCUUCCCAAGUCCUUUACUAGCCAGCCCACAAGCCCUGAAAAGAGGCAGCACAUUUUACAGAUGGCCAAGCAAAGUCGUACUUACCAGGAUUCUCAGCGACAAGGCGGGAAAAACCUGGCUUCAAAGUUUGAGCGCUUAGCAGUCCUGCUUGGAACCCGGUGGAAGGGUGAUAGCCUUAAAACGCGGGAAAAGUUAAUUUUUGCAACUAUGGAGGUAACUCCUGGCCGCCAAAGCACUGAAGGCCUCUUGUCGCCCUGCCAGCCUCUAGUGUAUCCCUUUCGGCUCCUGGAACUAAUAGGGGAGGGUCCUGGACCGAAGGCAGGCAGGAGGCCGACUGACUGCGAGCUGACCGAGCCGCUAUUCUUUGAUGAUUGGGUAGCGGCAAACUUCAAAGCCAUAAAUCUUUCCUCUGACUGGCUGGCGGCCCAGCAAAGCCCUUAUCAAAUUCUUGGAGGUGAUCCUAAGGAGGUCAGACCGCGCGCGGGGCGAGCAAGCGGGGCGCGGGCGGGGAGGCACGCUGGGCUGCAGGCCUUCCUCCAGGACCGCACCCCCAGCGCCUCCCCGGACCUAGGCAAGCACUCGCCCCUGGCUCUGCUGGCCGCCACCUGUAGCCGGAUCGGCCAGCCUGGCGCGGCUGCAGCACCCGACUUCCUGCAGGUGCCCUACGACCCAGCGCUGGGCUCACCUUCCAGGCUUUUCCACCCGUGGACCGCCGACAUGCCCGCGCACUCGCCAGGCGCCCUGCCUCCCCCGCACCCUAGCCUGGGGCUGACGCCACAGAAAACACACCUGCAGCCGUCCUUCGGGGCAGCGCACGAGCUCCCGCUCACGCCUCCUGCGGAUCCCUCAUACCCUUACGAGUUCUCGCCGGUCAAGAUGCUGCCCUCGAGCCACGUGCCAGGCUGCGGCAAGGUGUACGGCAAGACGUCGCACCUGAAGGCGCACCUGCGCUGGCACACGGGCGAGCGGCCCUUCGUGUGCAACUGGCUCUUCUGCGGCAAGAGCUUCACGCGCUCGGACGAGCUGCAGCGGCAUCUGCGGACUCACACCGGCGAGAAGCGCUUUGCAUGUCCCGAGUGCGGCAAACGCUUCAUGCGCAGCGACCAUCUCGCUAAGCACGUGAAGACGCACCAAAAUAAGAAGCUCAAAGUCUCGGAGGCCGGGGUGAAGCGGGAGAACCCGCGGGACCUAUGA